AUGGUGAAAGUGGAGACUGUGCAAACAAAGCCUUUUCAAGGGCAAAAACCAGGAACAAGUGGAUUAAGAAAAAGGGUUCCUGAAUUUCAACAGCAACACUACACCGAAAAUUUUAUACAAGCAGUUUUGGACGGAGGUCUUGGAUCUAAAAAGAAGGGUGCCACCCUUGUAGUCGGUGGAGACGGAAGAUUUUUAUCAAAGGAGGCUGUAAACGUCAUAAUAAAAAUUGCUGCGGCAAACGGGGUAGCUCAUUUGAUCAUUGGACAGAAUGGUUUCUUGUCAACACCAGCAGUCUCCAAUUUGAUCAGAAAGGGAUUUGAAGGAAAAAAGAUUGAUGGAGGCAUCAUCCUCACUGCUAGCCACAACCCAGGUGGACCCAAAGGUGAUUUUGGCAUCAAAUUCAACUGUGAAAAUGGAGGCCCAGCUCCUGACGCUGUAACGAAUGCUAUAUAUAAUAUCACCACACAAAUGACUACCUACACCAUCUGUUCGGAAUUGCAAUGCGAUUUUUCUCAAAUUGGAAGGAGUGAGUUCGAUGUAGACAAUGUCGGACACUUCGUCGUGGAUGUUAUCGACUCUGUGAAGGAUUAUGUAGAGUUGAUGCAAAAAAUCUUCGAUUUUGCCAAGGGGUUCGGAUCUUUGGAGGGCGAUGGAGAGCGUAGUCGACAGCUUCAGCGACUUUUCACUCGCUCUGUUCAAAAGUGUAGAGAACUUACCACCAUGAGUUUGUUCAAAUCGUUUUGCAAACGUGGAAAUCAUGAUCAGACUGUUCCGAAACCGGACUUUGGUGGUGGCCAUCCUGACCCUAAUCUAACCUAUGCGAAAAACCUGGUUGAACAGCUAAGAAGAGGAGAGCAUGAUUUUGGAGCAGCUUUUGAUGGCGAUGGGGAUCGCAAUAUGAUCCUAGGAAGGAAUGGAUUUUUCGUUACCCCGAGCGAUUCUCUCGCUGUAAUUGCUGAUAACCUAGGCUGUAUUCCCUAUUUCCAGUCUAAGAAAGUGGCAGGUUUCGCACGUUCCAUGCCUACGGCUGGUGCUGUAGAUCUAGUUGCCAAAGCCAAAGGUUUGGAGGUUUUCGAGACACCUACGGGAUGGAAAUAUUUUGGCAACUUGAUGGAUGCCGGACGCAUAUAUUUAUGUGGUGAAGAGUCUUUUGGAACUGGUAGUGAUCACAUAAGGGAAAAGGACGGUGUAUGGGCCAUGCUAGCAUGGUUGCAAAUUCUAGCCGAUAAAAAACUUUCAGUAGAAGAUAUUGUGAAAGAGCAGUGGAAGCGCUAUGGGAGAAACGUUUUCACGAGAUAUGAUUACGAAAAUGUCGACGCUUCGGGAGCCAAUUUAUUGAUGACUUUCCUCGAAGCACAAAUGGCGGCAUUUGUAGGCAAAGAGCUCAGCGCAAACAAUGUUGCUUACAAGGUUGUUUUUGACUACAUUAGAACCAUUCCUCUCUGA